AUGAUGUCUCAACCGUAUCCUACGCGACUGUUUCUCUUCGGAGACCAAACCUAUGAUUUUGCCCCAGAGCUCCGAAGCCUCUUGGCCGUCCGCAACAACCCUAUCUUGACGGCCUUCCUGGAUCAAUCGCACUACGUCGUGCGGGCGCAGAUGAUCCAGAAGCUGCCCCCCAAAGAGCACAAGGACGCACGCGCCGGAUCCCUUGCGGAGCUGCUGCAGAAGUAUGUCGACGGGAGACUUCCUUCCGCCUUCCAGACGGCUCUCUCGUGCAUCACGCAACUGGGCUCUUUUAUGCGUCAGUUUGAUGACGCUUCUAUCCCCUACCCUCGCUUUAAUGACAGUUAUGUCUUGGGGGUAUGCACAGGCUCUCUUGCCGCAGCCGCCGUCAGCUGCAGCACCUCUCUCUCCGACCUGCUGCCCAUUGCUGUACAGACCGUUCUUGUUGCGUUUCGCCUGGGUCUCUGUGCGCAAGAGGUGCGUGACCGACUCGAGAUAUCGUUUGAGAACCGCACAAAGCCGUGGUCGGUGGUGUCCGACCUCUCCCGACAAGAAGUGGCUGCUGCCCUCGAUCGAUUCAGUGAAGAAGGGAUGCUAUCCACCACCCGCAAGCCCUGGAUCACCGCAACCUCAGCUAAGACAACCACAAUCAGUGGCAGCCCAGAGAUACUAGCACGACUGGCCGCUGACCCAUCGCUAGAGCGGGGGAAACGGUGGAGGGAGAUUCCCAUAUAUGUCCCUGCCCAUAACCCACACCUUUUCACCGCGAGAGAUGUCGACUCGAUCCUGGAAACGACCGAUCCGCACCCAUGGUCCGAUUAUGGUGCGAAGAUUCCCUUCGUAUCCGCCGUCACAGGAAAGCUGGUCUGGAUCCGGAACUACCGCGACCUGCUCCAGCUUUCUCUGUCUCAGUGCCUCAUAGAACCCAUCCGAUGGGAUCUCGUCGAGACAGAGCUGCCAAGGCUGUUUGAGUCCCGGAAGGGCAUUGAAUCGGUGUCGAUUGUUUCCUUCACCACGGUCCUCACCAAGAGCCUGUCGACCGCUCUGACCAGCGAAGGGAUCACUGCAGAUAUCCAGACCACAGCCGACAGGAUUCCGGAGGCCUGCUCGCACAGGCCCGGUGCUGGAAGAGGGAAGCUGGCUAUUGUCUCGAUGUCUGGUCGGUUUCCCGAAGCUCCCUCGACGGAUUCUUUCUGGGACCUUCUUCACAAGGGCUUAGAUGUCUGUAAGGAAGUUCCUUUGCGCCGCUGGGAUGUAAACACCCAUGUGGACCCAAGCGGUCGAGCGCACAACAAAGGUGCCACGCGCUGGGGCUGCUGGCUGGACUUUGCAGGGGAUUUUGACCCAAGGUUUUUCAGCAUUUCGCCCAAGGAGGCACCGCAGAUGGAUCCUGCUCAGCGGAUGGCACUGAUGUCCACCUACGAAGCCAUGGAGCGCGGCGGCAUUGUGCCCGACACUACCGCGUCCACGCAGCGUAAUCGGAUCGGGGUUUUCCAUGGCGUCACCAGUAAUGACUGGAUGGAAACAAAUACUGCACAGAACAUCGAUACGUACUUCAUCACAGGCGGCAAUCGAGGGUUUAUCCCCGGCCGUAUCAACUUCUGUUUUGAGUUUUCCGGUCCUAGCUAUAGUAACGAUACUGCAUGCUCGUCAAGCCUGGCUGCUAUUCAUCUGGCUUGCAACUCACUCUGGCGUGGUGACUGUGACACCGCCGUGGCUGGCGGUACUAAUAUGAUCUUUACCCCCGACGGCCACACUGGUCUAGAUAAAGGGUUUUUCCUCUCACGGACAGGCAACUGUAAGCCCUUCGACGACGCGGCAGAUGGCUACUGUCGCGCCGAAGGGGUUGGCACCGUCUUUAUCAAGCGCCUCGAGGAUGCCUUGGCCGAUAAUGAUCCUAUCCUGGGGACCAUCCUGGAUAUCAAGACAAACCACUCGGCCAUGUCCGACUCCAUGACACGACCUUAUACACCGGCGCAGGUGGACAACAUGUCAGCGGUGCUGAGCACCGCCGGCGUUAGUCCACACGACCUCAGCUACAUCGAAAUGCACGGAACCGGUACCCAAGUAGGAGAUGCCGUCGAGAUGGAGUCGGUUUUGUCGCUCUUCGCGCCCAACGAGGCCUUCCGACCGCAAGACAAGCCCCUGUAUGUGGGCUCAGCGAAGGCUAACAUUGGUCACGGUGAGGGAGUUUCGGGGGUCACUAGUCUCAUCAAAGUAUUGCUGAUGAUGAAGCAUAAUACUAUUCCACCGCACUGUGGUAUCAAACCCGGUAGUAAGAUCAAUCACAACUACCCCGAUCUGCCUGCUCGCAAUGUCCAUAUCGCUUUUGAGCCAAAGCCAUGGCCCCGUACCGAUACUCCACGACGCGUCCUCAUCAAUAACUUCAGUGCUGCCGGUGGCAAUACGGCGGUGCUGGUGGAGGAUGCUCCCGUUCGAGAUAUGCCCAACGUCGUCGACCCUCGAACCAAUCACAUUGUUACUGUCUCAGCCCAUGUCGGCAAGUCACUCAGGGCCAAUAUGCAGAGGCUACGGGAUCACAUCCAGAAGCAGCCAGAUAUUAGUCUCCCGCAAUUGUCGUACACUUCUACCGCUCGACGAUGGCAUCAUCUCCAUCGAGCCAGCGUCAGUGGUUCCUCCAUCGAUGAGAUCUUGCACAACCUAGAGAUCGCCAUCGAGAAGGGCGAGGGAAUUAAUCGUCCCAAGACUAAACCUACCAUUGUCAUUGCUUGCUCUGGCCAAGGUUCUCAGUAUACCGGAAUGGGUCGGCAGCUUUAUGAUGCUUACCCAACAUUUCGCGCUGACCUUGAGCGAUUCGACCAGUUAGCCCGGAGCCAGGGGUUCCCUGGCUUCCUCAGCGUGUACACUGCUCCGAACGUCGGGGAUAGCAUGGAGGAAAUGCUUCCCGUGAUUGUCCAGUUGGCCCUAAUCAGCCUUGAAAUGGCCCUGGGAAAUCUCCUCGAGUCAUUUGGAUUGAAGCCCAGCGCGGUGGUCGGCCACAGUUUAGGCGAGUAUGCUGCUUUGUACUUGGCCGGUGUUCUCUCCGCUGCAGACACACUUUACCUGGUGGGAAAAAGAGCGGAGCUGCUCCAAGAGCGCUGCCAGCGUGGUACUCAUGCCAUGCUAGCUCUGCGAGCAUCGCCCGACAUGCUGGCGGAGAUCCUCGCGGACUCUAGCUGCGAAAUUGCAUGCCGCAAUGGUCCCAGUGACACGGUUCUUAGCGGAUCACUGGAGGAGAUAACCGGCAUUCAGCGCACUCUGCUAGCCCAGGGUAUUAAAGGCACUCUGUUAAAACUUCCAUUUGCCUUCCACUCGGCUCAAGUCCAGCCAAUCCUCUCAGACUUUGAGGAGCUAGCUCGCGGCGUCACAUUUCACAAGCCAUGCAUCCCAGUGCUCUCACCCCUGCUGAUUAAAUCUAUCGAUGAACACGGCAUCAUUGAUCCGGCAUACCUUGCACGACACUGCCGCGAGCCCGUCAACAUGGUUCAAGUCUUGGAACUGGCACACAGCCAGGGAAUCAUCAGCGAUCGCACCAUUCUUGUGGAUGUCGGUCCCAAGCCGUUGCUGAGUGGCAUGAUUAAGACGACCCUAGGCAACGACGGUAGUAGCAGGAGCACAGCAUUGCCAGUCCUUAGCCCCAAAGCCGAUGUUUGGCAGAAUCUCCUAACCGUGCUCGGCACCCUGUACUGCGGUGGUCAAGAUAUCAACUGGCCUGCAUACCAUGCGCCAUUUGAGUCGGCUAAGAAGGUGAUCCAUAUGCCUGACUAUGCAUGGGAUUUAAAAGAAUACUUUAUCCCCUAUAAGGGUGAGUGGUGCCUCCAUCGCCAUGAGAUCCACUGUAGCUGUGCUACUCCGGGCAAGGAAACGGCCACCAGUGAUUAUAAACUUCCCACGCUAGAUCCCGUCCCAGUCAAACGUCCAUCCAAGCAAGACGAAUCCAAGGAGGCGUACCCGGAGAUUACAACCACCACCACCUUGCAUCGCGUGGUGGAGGAGAAAACGGAGCCAUUGGGUGCCACCUUCAUGGUGGAGACUGACAUCUCACGCAAAGACGUUCGUGGCAUAGCUCAGGGCCAUCUAGUUGAUGGUAUUCCCCUCUGCACACCUUCCUUUUAUGCGGAUAUCGCUUUACAGGUGGGUAGAUACUCCAUGAACCGCCUCCGGGCUAGCCAUCCUGGUGCUAUGGACGGCGUGGUGGAUGUCUCCGACCUGGUGGUCGAUAAAGCCCUGAUCCCCCAUGGCAAGGGACCGCAGUUGCUGCGCACCACACUCGCCAUGACAUGGCCACCGAAGGCUGCCGCGACAACGCGCAGCGCCAAAAUCAAAUUCGCCACGUUUUUUGCCGAUGGACAGCUGGACACCGAGCACGCAACCUGCACUGUCCGGUUCACCAGCGACGCGCAACUCAAGUCUCUCCAGAAGAAGGUGCCAGAGUACAAAGCUCACAUUGAGCGACUACGCCAGGGUCUCAACAAGGGCCAGUUCAUUCGGUAUACCCGGAAGAGUGGAUACAAGCUGAUGAGCAGCAUGGCCAACUUUCACCCUGACUACAAGCUGCUGGAUAAUCUGAUCCUGAACGAGGCGGAGAAUGAAGCCGUGUCAAUGAUGGAGUUUUCAGCCGCCAAAAGCGAAGGUACCUUUGCCGCACAUCCUGCUUAUGUUGACGCCAUUACCCAAGUGGGUGGGUUUGCUAUGAAUGCCAACGAUAACACCGAUAUCGAGCGCGAAGUAUAUGUAAACCAUGGAUGGGACUCGUUCCAAGUUUACCAGCCUCUGGUUAAGGGAAAGACUUACGAAGUUUACAGCCGGAUGGUUAAGGAUAAGACAGGCGAUCUUGUCCAUGGCGAUACCAUAGUACUGGAUGGGGACGUGGUUGUAGCCUUCUUCAAGGGGCUUUCCAUCCGCUCUGUUCCACGUAGGGGACUUCGAAUGGUCCUACAACAGGCUGCGGAUAAAGCUGCUCAAGUGCAUGGAGGCAAACCAGCACCAAAGAACCAAGUGGCUGAACGUCUUGCCUCAAUGCAUAACCACACUCCGUCCCCUGCAGCCCCGGCUCCGGCACCUACUACACCUACACCCGUAGUUUCAAAGCCGGCGAAAACCAUUGCGAAACCGUCCCAUUCGAAGCCUAGCAAAUUGCAAGCCGUGCUGCAUGUCAUCUCGGAGGAGAGCGGUGUCGCCUUGGAGGAACUCACUGACGACAGUAACUUUGCGGAUAUGGGGAUUGAUUCCCUUAGCUCCAUGGUUAUCGGAAGUAGACUGCGCGAGGACCUGGCUCUUGACUUGAGUGCUGACUUCUCGUUGUUCAUUGACUGCCCCACGGUUGGAAGCCUGAAGACAUAUCUCGCAGACUCGAGUGGUGCACAAGAGUCGGCAGAUGCCGUCGAAGAAGAAGAAGAGGAAGAAGAGGAAGAAGAAGAAGAAGUGGUGAUCGAGAAUCUGGCUCCCCUCCAGCCCGAUCUCGGACAUGAGCAUUCUGUCCCCAUGGGUAGCGCAAAGGCUCAAACUGAUCCCCAGGAGUCGCUUGAACUUGGCGAUGAAGUCUUUAGGGCUGCAAUGAAGGUCAUAUCAGAGGAGAGUGGGGUGGCUCUAGAAGAGUUGACUGCCGAGACAGUUUUUGCCGACAUUGGCAUCGACUCGCUGAGCUCGAUGGUGAUCAGUAGUCGAUUCCGUGAGGACUUGGGGAUCAGUCUAGACUCGUCAUUUAACCUGUUUGAUCAGGUUCCCACGGUGGCCAGUCUCCAGCAAUUCUUGGGUGGGAGAAGCGGAAGCACGACUGCUUCUCUCGGUAGUUCGGACGAAGACGAAACAAGCAGCAGCCGUUCCACUAUACCGGAAGAUGAUCCUCUCAUACCGUUGCAGGACAGGGUUGCUGAGUGUCGCCCCACGAGCUCCGUGAUCCUCCAAGGUCUCCCCCGUAUGGCGAAGCGGACAUUGUUCAUGCUCCCCGAUGGCGGUGGUUCAGCCUCCUCCUACAUCACCAUUCCGCGUCUGCAGUCUGAUGUCGCCAUCGUUGGCCUGAAUUGCCCUUAUGCACGAGACCCUGAAAAUAUGCAAUGCACUCAUCAGGCCAUGAUCCAAAGCUUCUGCAAUGAAAUCAAACGGCGUCAGCCGCAAGGUCCCUACCAUCUCGGUGGUUGGUCGUCCGGGGGUGCGUUUGCAUACGUGACAGCUGAAGCUCUUGUGAACAUGGGCGAAGAUGUCCAUUCGCUCAUCAUUAUCGAUGCGCCUGUUCCCCAGGUCAUGGAGAAACUGCCCACCUCCUUCUACGAAUAUUGCAACAACAUUGGUCUGUUCGCCAACCAGCCCGGUAGUAACACGGACGGCACCGCCCAACCUCCACCAUACUUGAUUCCUCAUUUCCAGGCUACUGUCGAUGUGAUGCUUGACUAUCGCGUGGCACCACUGAAGACUCCCCGUAUGCCCAAGGUGGGCAUCAUUUGGGCUGCCACCACUGUGAUGGAGGAGGCGAACGCCCCGAAGAUGAAGGGUAUGCACUUCAUGGUGCAGAAACGGACCGACUUUGGCCCAGAUGGUUGGGACACCGUCUUGCCAGGGGCCGAGUUUGAUAUUGUACGGGCAGAAGGUGCCAAUCAUUUUACUUUAAUGCAAAAGGAGAACGUCUAUCUAGUGCGAGACCUCAUUGAUCGGGUGAUUGGCUGAACUGAUUUUGAUUCUGUCUUUGGACUGUUGAAUAUUUCUUUUUACGAAAUUCCAGGAUUGCUAUAAUUAUUGAGAGACGUGAAGGGCUCAAGAUUACCAACCUUCCCCUGGCCGUAUAUCAGGCAACCCGAACUUACACUCACUUGUAUAGCUCUUUCGAGAUAUUCUCCUACUGUUACUUGCUUCUAAUGUCGCACCUAUUGUAUUAGUUGAUCUGGAUUUAAGAUGUGCUUUUAUAGAGUACAGUUGUCGACGCAUGUCCUGCCAUCAAUAUCAUCUUUGGGCAGUGGAAAAGAUAUACUUCACAUAUGAUCCACGCUUUUUUUUUUACGCAUUUCCAAAGAGAGAGCACGGAUUUUAUAGGAUUAAAUGAUGGAAAGUGUGCUCGCCAAUAGUAG